CGUUAAUCAGUCUGUGCUACGUCGCCGCGCGCCAUGGCUGUUCUGAGAUCAGCUGUACCGGUAUUUAGCGCGCCUCGUGCUCCGCUCAGUGUUUAUGAAAAGGCUCAGUCUGGGAAGCAGGGGUCACUUCGGUGGAGCUUCAUGGAAAAACAUUUGUGAAGAAGCAGACGACAGGCUGACUACUGAGCAGUGAGUGUCCCGCUGUGGGUGGAGGAAGCUGGAGUUAGCCGUUAGGACAUCAAUGCAAUGCUGCUUCUCAGGCGCUGCCGGAGCCUGACUCGACUUCAAAGGCAUCAGGCGGCUCCUUGUUUUGCAUCUCGUGCAGUUCGUCUCUGUAGCAGCAGCACGGAGGAUCAGAGAUCGCACCAGCGUGCCAACUGGAGUGCCAACUGGAAACGUAUUGUUGCUGGGGUGCUGACUGGUACCGGGGCUGUAGUGACCUACGGUCUACUCCACCAAGAGGUUGAGCAAGCGGACGCUGGCUUGCCCACCACAGAGAGGAGCUCCUCUCUUCCUGUCUUCAGCCACGAUGAAGUCACAAAGCACCGCUCUCUGGAAGACGGCGUGUGGGUCACGUACAAGGGAGGCGUCUAUGACGUCACUGAGUUUGUGCCGAUACACCCUGGUGGGAAUAAAAUCUUGCUAGCAGCAGGUGGUGCCCUUGAACCUUUCUGGGCCCUGUAUGCUGUUCAUGACCAGGAAUAUGUGUUGGAGAUCCUCUCACAAUACAAGGUUGGUGAGCUGAGUGCAGAGGACCUGAAGAAGCAGGGCGAAGCCAAAGCGUCGGAUCCCUACUCUUCGGACCCCGAGCGCCACCCGGUGCUCCGGAUCAACAGCAAGAAGCCGUUCAAUGCCGAGCCUCCUCCUGAGAUCCUGACGGAGAGUUACAUCACUCCCCAUGUGUUGUUCUUCAAGCGGAACCACCUGCCCGUUCCUCAGGUGGACCCUGCUUCAUAUCGCCUCCAGGUGGAGGGCCUGCCCAGAGGAGCACUGACUCUGUCGUUAAAGGACUUGAAGACCCGGUUCCCCAAACACACCGUCACGGCUACGAUGCAGUGCGCCGGGAACCGCCGCAGUGACAUGAACCAGGUAAAGGAGGUGAAAGGACUGAACUGGGGCAUUUCUGCUAUUGGGAACGCCAAAUGGAGCGGAGCGCGGCUCAGAGACGUGCUACUGGCUGCUGGGUUUGGCCCAGACGUGGCCAAAUGGGCCCGCCACGUUCACUUUGAAGGACUGGAUAAAGAUGUGACGGGGUCGGCAUAUGGAACCUCGAUCCCCAUCAACAAGGCCAUGAAUGAGGACGGCGACGUGCUGCUGGCGUAUGAAAUGAACGGCGAGGAUAUCCCCGCGGAUCACGGCUUCCCGGUGCGGGUCGUGGUUCCGGGCGUGGUGGGAGCGCGCAACGUGAAGUGGCUGGGGCGGAUUGUGGUCAGCGCAGAGGAGAGCAGCAGCCACUGGCAGCAGUACGACUACAAAGGCUUCUCCCCGGGGACGGACUGGAGCAAGGUCGACCACGCGUCCUCUCCGGCCAUCCAGGAGUUGCCCGUCCAGUCCGCCAUCACCGUCCCGGCAGACGGAGCCCAGAUCGACCGCAGCGACGAAACGCUGACCGUCAAGGGCUACGCAUGGAGCGGCGGCGGCAGAGAGGUGGUGCGGGUCGACGUCUCCCUAGAUGGAGGCAAGACUUGGCAGGUGGCUCAGCUGAGGAGCGGGGACAAAGGUCAACCGGACGAGCCGUCGCCUCCUCCAGGUCGAUCCUGGGCCUGGAAGCUGUGGGAGCUGACGGCUCCUCUUCCUCCUGACGCUGACGAGCUGGAGAUUAUCUGCAAGGCGGUGGAUAACAGCUACAACGUGCAGCCGGACACAAUCCCGCCCAUCUGGAACCUGAGAGGCCUGCUGAACAACGCCUGGCACAGAGUGAAGGUGAAGGUCACCGAGGAUUAGAGGGAGGCCCGGCCCAAAGCUCAUCAUCAGGGAGGGAGCUUUGGUUUGUGUCAGGCUGUCUAAAGUUUACAAAGUAUUUAUGUGAUCUUGUUGCUUGGAGAUUUGAAAGAUGAAAGUUUUUUUUUUUCAUAUGAAUAAAGUCAAACAUCUCAACGGGAUCUGCAGUUCCACACAGGACGUUCAGGGCGAUGUAGGGAUUAAAGUUGCACCGUUCAGGCUUUUCCUGAUCAAUACUGAUAUCUGGGUCUCUGACGUCUAACCUGCAGAUUUAGACUUUCUUUUUUUAAAGACUGUAACCAAGAAAAUAAAAUAUUGCUGCAGUUUCUUUGAUAGCAGUAGUUGGGCUCUUUAUAGAUAUUUUUAAAAAGGAUAUUAUAUAAAACUACAUGCCUUUUGUCAAUGAGGGCGAGUCAGACUAGUGAAUGUCUUUAUUUUUUUAACAAGUGAUGGUACUGAUUCUAUUGUGAUCAACUUUAGCAAUGAGUGGGAGAAAAUACAAAUCCUUACAUCUAAAUAAAAAAGGACUACGUUUUAGA